AUGUCAAACACAGAAGCGCCUCUACCAGCUGCGAAGAUUGGCCGCCCAGCACAAUGGAACGAAUCCAAGUCUCGCAAGCUGGCGAGAUUAUACAUGUACACGACCUUGCCUAUAGAGAAGAUCAUCAAAGCACUCGACGAUGGCUUCUUCAAGCCAGGGCGCAACUCGGCCCAAAAGACGUUACACAAGAUGUUAGGCCAUGAUCCUCGGCACUUGCGCCCAGAAGGUCGUGAAGAGAUGAAUGAGCGGAUAAAUGGGCUAUCACGCUUCACCAGCCGCAAGAGAAACAGACCAGACACGUCACGGACAACUGCAGAAAUCAUUAGUCCAGUUGAUCGAGGCAAUUACCAAGCUUACUGCGACAAGGAGACCAUGGUCAAGAAUUUCGACUUACACACUCUCAAAACCCAACCGGCUGAACUCCACGACUUCAAGGUCGAGUCACCAUCUGAUUAUUCACCAGCUGCACUAACAGCGCCGUCUCCUGGUGUACACUCCCUCAACGCCUACUCGCCUGCUGCAUACUCCCCAUACCUGUCUCAUAACCCAUGGCACCGCUCCCAGAUGUCGCCGCUACACAUUGACACAUCCUAUGGAGCGCCUACCCCGAACACGCCAUCUGGAGUCGAGUCUCAUGCAAGCUACAAGGACGAUCUAUUCGUACCGAAGCCUCUUGCGCAAAGCAACACUGUGCUCUCGUCUUCGACAACCGCCACCACAGCCAGCAUUCGCGACCUCAAGGAACGAUUGUCCACGGCGUCCACGACAUUUGCGAAGCAGGUGUCAUCUCUUAUACGCCAGUGGACGAUAGGCAGCGAAACAAACUUGCCCCUUCAGCCCCGUCCAGGGGCAGGUAAAGUGACUGAUCCGAAUCAGAUCGAGGAGGACUUGUGGAAAAGGCCUCUCCCUGGAGAGUUCUUUAAGGCCGUUGACAUGUGUGAUCAAGAUCCGGACAACUGGCAGGAGAUUGCGGAUAUGAUAUAUACUGUUUCGGACUUCUGGCUUCUGCCCAACAGCAAACUAUCCGAUGUGGCCCGGCAGUAUUUGGAGCAUCCAACACCGGCUGCUUUGAAUGAGCGGGACUAUUUCGGCAACACCCUUUUACACCUCUUUGGAACCUAUGUGGUGGAUGCAUCAGAUUGCGACUACGUUUUCCGAGAGAUGAUUUUGCCAGCAACGACAGAACAACUUUGUGCGACAAACACCGGCAGUCAGACAUUCCUCCACGUCCUUGCUAAGCCAUGGUUUUCAGGGCUGGAGGAAUCCACCGCGGCCCUUCUGCAGCUGCUUUCAUAUGUCCAGGUUACAUGCCCCAAAAUCUUGACGCAAUGUGACGUUUAUGGCCAGACCUUCUUUCAUCAUAUGCAGUCAAUGAUGCAAUCAAACCCAAACGGCCAGGCGACAAUGUCGACAAUUUUGCAAAUGUUUGACAAAUCACUCAUGCCUCAACGCGAUGCCUUUGGCAUCAAGCCAAUUGUCGACUCGAACUUUGCAGCCCCCAGGAGACAACAUAUCCCGCCGUUAUCUCCACUGGCAGAGGAGAUGGGGUCACCAACGUCGAGCAUCGGGGCGGCAUGGCCAGGGCAGGAGUCUCCGUCAGAGCGUCUUGCCAAGCACACUGCUUUGAUGAAAAUUGUUACAGGGGCCGACAACAAUCCGUCACUCGAGGACGAGGAGGGACGGAACUGCCUCCACUGUCUGGCCGAGGUUAUCCUCGAUAGCGACAAGCUGCAAGAGAAGUGUGCUUCGCCAGCUAAUAGUCGACGGCCUCCCAAGAGGGCAUACGAUCAGAAAGGCACAGAAAAGUCGCCAAAGCAGGGACCUGGCGACAAGACAGUUGACAAUAUUGUCAGUCAGAUCACAUAUGAUGGCCCUCUAGCCAGCCGUCUGAAGUAUCUCAAGGGUCUACUCAGCUGCCCUGGAAUAGACCCGAAUCAUUACAACAAAGACGGCAAUACCGUUCUCAUGGCGUUCAUUCAACACAUUACAGACGUGGACGAGGACAAGCACCGAAACUUGGCAGCGAUUUACAACACGCUGAUUGACGUGGACGGCAAAGGCCGAGGUCCGAUCCUCGAGGCCCGAAACCGCAACGGAGAGACACCACUUCUCAUGGCUGCUAGGCUGGGGCGAAAGACAGCGCUGAAGACACUACUGGAGCGAGGUGCCAACGUGCAUGCCCGCGACGUGAACAAAAGGGGAAUUUUGGACAUUAUUGACGAGCAGUUGGGGUCUGUGGAAGCAAGACAAGACACCGCUUUCUACGGCAGGCUCGAGGCUUGCAGAGUCUUGCUCACGGGAAGAUACAAGGAAGACUGGGCCGGUGGAGAUGAAGUGUGCCAGAAGCCCGGCGUUCUUGAUGAGUGGCAGGUGCGCAGUGUCAGGUGA